GACCCGACAGUUUCCGUUAGCUGCGGGCAGAAGAUGUUCACGGUUUGUGCUUUAUAGAAGGAAAAGUCGUUGGAAGUACGGCGGGAGAGACGGUUAAAAAAAGCGAAGCAUAAAAAUAAAUAAGUACUGAAGUGGGAGAAAGACGGGAAAUAAUGACUCGGAUGUUGUAGGGUUUUCUUUUAUUAUUAUUAUUAUUAUUAUUAUUAUUAAAAUGGCCAUUAGGGAGCUGAAAGUGUGUCUUCUGGGGGACACAGGCGUGGGGAAAUCAAGUAUUGUUUGCAGAUUUGUCCAGGAUCAUUUUGAUCACAACAUAAGCCCAACUAUUGGCGCAUCGUUUUUAACCAAGACUGUCUCCUGCGGCAACGAGCUUCACAAGUUCCUGAUCUGGGACACGGCGGGGCAGGAGAGGUUUCACUCUCUGGCCCCGAUGUACUACAGAGGGUCUGCUGCUGCUGUCAUUGUGUAUGAUAUCACCAAGCUGGACUCCUUCCAGACCUUGAAAAAGUGGGUGAAGGAGCUAAAGGAGCAUGGUCCAGAGGAUAUUGUGGUGGCAAUUGCAGGAAAUAAGAAUGACCUGGGUGACAUACGGGAAGUCGCCACAAAAGACGCCAAGGAAUUUGCAGAGUCAAUCGCAGCCAUAUUCAUUGAAACCAGCGCAAGAAAUGCUGUCAAUGUUGAGGAACUCUUUCAAAGUAUAAGUCGGCAGAUCCCCCCUCUGGAGAACACAGACGUGGACAGCAACGAGUCGUUCAAAAUCACACGCCAGCCGCUUCCGUCAUCUAGACGCUGCUGUUAGAGGAGUGAGAAAUUUGGCUCGCUCUCUUCCUCAUAGCUGGAUAUUAAUUUAGCUUUAUAACCACCCUAACCUGUAACCUAAAGCUUGCCUGACUUUAGUGCUGAAGUUCAAAAAGAGUUUAGCUUCAGCAGUUUUAAGCAAACAGCAGUUUAACGAGUUUACAAAAGGACAAAAGAAUUCAACAUGUUCACUGUGAAGCAAUGGAACAGGGUUAGCUGGCUAACUCUGUAAGAUUAACUUCAUAAGGUGACGAGCCGAACAAGGCAAACCUUAAAGCCUGACCGUGCUGUUUUAAAGUACUAACCGUCUUUGUUUAAUACUGAUCCAGUAUCAGUUUGAUAUUUUUUUGUUAAAUAUGUUUACAUGUACCUUCUAUAAUCAGGUCUUUUACCAACUCCCUCAACUGACAGCCAUAAUAUCCACAAUACAUAACAUAUAAUCACAGCAUGCCUUGUCGAUUUAAAGGCAGAUUCCUCAUCCGAGCAAAACGCAUCGGAAAGAACUCGCACAAAGAACGCAUAGCCGAGGCUUAAUAAAUAAUUUGAUAAUUAUAUAUUAAUAACUCAAUUGUUUGUUUGUUGCAUCUAGCAUUUUUGUUAAUCGGGUCAAAUCUUUUUUCACACCGCAGGAGAAAACACCAGAACUGAAACGGACUAAACACUGCCCCAAUGAAAGCAGGAUAAGAGGUCAAAUUUAAAUAGAAACCAAAUUAUUGAAUUAAAUAUGAACCGGAUGGAAAGUAACCACUGCUCAGACAUAGACGCUCAAAGAUAUAAUAGACUGUUAGGAGUACUUACAUCUUUUUAGUUUUUUAAAAUUCCUGCACGAUAAAUUUGAGAUUUACAAUUUUAAGAUUCCUCUCUGAUUUCAGUCUGUGCGUUAAUGUAAUUUUAACAGGAGACAUUCCAAGUAGAAUGAUGGUGUUUUAUAAUCUCUCCUCACUGUAUUAAUCAUUAUAUGGCUCUUUUAAAGCCAUCUUGAGCUUGAACAUGUAGCCUAAAUGUCCUAAAAUACAUGUAGGAUAUGUAAAAAUUGUAAGAAGUGCAUGUGUUCUUCAAGUGUGCGUUAAAUAGCUGAAAACCUGUCGUGCAAUCUGACACCAAUUUAUGUUUUUUGUUUUCUUUUCUUUUCUUUUUUUGUAUAAAUGUUGCCAAUUAUUUGUACAGAAUCCUCAAUUGUGUAAAAUACUUUUUGGAAUUAUUACUAAUCCAUGAAGUGUCUUAAAUGUGUGAGAUGAAGAUGCUGACACUUGUAGUAAUUCGCACUGGUCUGUUGAAUGGGAAUGUCCAAGUGUCUGAAGUAUUUACAAAUGUAGCUGUAAAAAGUUGAACGUCUAAUAUGUUGGAUUUAACAGUCGGACAUCAAGUACUGGCGAAAGUGAGACUGUAAACUAAUCACUGUCCAUUCAUAGGUUGAUCAAUCAUCUAAAAUUAUGUAAUAUUCUAAUAAUAUAUGUAAUGUUACAGUCAAGUGCAAAUGUUUGCACCCUCAUCGUUUUUUUGCAUUGGGGAAAAGUAUAUAUUAAAAUCAUCUAAAAUUCAAGCAGAUGCCACCUCAUAGCUGCCGGGUCUCCGUUCAGUCCUCGGGCUCUGGUUUCUGAGUUUCAUAUGUUCUUCCCCCAUGUCCGGCUUCUCUGGUUUCCUUCAGCUUGAGAGUAGACACAUGAGAGUAGACAGAUAAGAUAUGCUAAUUUGUCACUAAGUGUGAAUGUGUUUGUUAUCCAUGUAACACUGGUAAUAUUCAUUCAUCCAAGUGACUCAAAUCUUUAGAUUCCAUUCACCGAAAAGAUUCGCCGACAAGUUCUUCAUUUAAGUGAAUAAAACCUGUACAUGGAAUUGAUUAAGAGCUAGUCGUUCACUUAAAUGAUUAGGAACUUUACAUCCGCAUCCGGUGUUCCAGUGCUAUGCUCUGUAUCUUGUAAUGAAAACAACACUAGCAAACAUUCUUCAGAAAAAGUUUCAAAAUAAUGAAAUAUGUCAAAGAUUUGCCAAGGUCCAAAAUUUCCUAGGUGGUAUAAAUACAAAUAACACUGAUGCAUUUUGAUAAUUGAGUUAAAACAUCCUAAAAACACUCAUCAUGCACUUAGGAAGUUGAUUAUAUAAAAAAAAUGGCUCAUGUUUAUUAUGUCCUAUGUGGGUGUAAACAUUUGCACGUGGCUCUAAAUGUGGUAUUUGGAGCCAAAAGCACUUUGUCUAGUUAAAGAUGGGUCAACAGCCACCAGGGGGCAGUGUGAGUUAACGUCGCACAACAAAAUACUUCAUGCUGGGUCUCUCUCUCACUCUCUCUCUCUUUCUGUGUCCAUGGAUGUUCCCCCUGGAUAAUGCCUGCGGUGCCUCAGUUGUGUUGUGGCUUUGUCCUAACAAACGUACCUCUUUUUACAGCCUCUUCUUAUAUUUUCAGCUUGUAAAGAUUCAGAGGAAUCACAGUGAUAUCAGAGUCUCGGUGCAAACUGAAGUCAGUUUCAGUUGAAACAGCAGGUUCACGAAGGAGGUGAAAACUAGAUCUGUUACAGUGUUGGAUGGUGUUAUUUAUACAGAACAAACCCAGAGUAAAACCUUUUUACAUCAAAAAUCAGUCUUCUCAAUCUCUUAUCUGCUACAACAGAAAAAAAGUCUUUGUUUUACGUAUGCCUAUGCAUUAAUUAUCAAUACUGCCUAUACUAGUGAUAAGCAACAAUGUCCUUAUUAUGUACAUAAAUUAUUUACAUCUGAAUGCUGAUCAGAGUAAUUAUUACAUUUUGUAAUAAGCUGUUUGUUAAUAAAUAUGCACAGUACCUUUA